CGUCAGAAGCGCGACUAUCAUCACCUACAAAUGCAUGACCGUCCGACCUUCAUUUUCUGCGGCUCUUCUCGUUUCUUGGAACAUUACUCGCUAGGUCUUGUCUUCAAACCGGCAGCAUCGCCGUACAGGAGCGGCUGUGCAAGCUGGAAAGGACACAACGGCCGCUAGCAGCACCACUGCAUUGCACGUUUCGUUUAGAGUAGCUGAACAAAAUGGCGCUGACAAGACGAACUCAAUGGAAUCGCAGUAUGGAAGACAAGCGACGUACGGAGGACAGGAAGAAGGAAUACGAGCGUACCGCUCACACGAGAAUGCUGGCCCAGGAGCGCGUGUUGGCAGCGAAUGCGCUGAGCGAUGACCGUGUGGAAGCGAAGCGCUUGGACCGCUUCAUGGCCCAGCAGACACGUGAAGUGGAAAUGAACAGACGACUGGAAAUGGCUGAGCAGCAGAGGCAGUUACAUCACCAGCAACAAGACCAGGAGGAGAGGCUGGCUGAGGAAAUGAAGCGCAUCAAGUGGGAGAAGGAGAGGGACGUUCGUCUUAGGCAGCAGAUCCGGGACACCAGCCUGGAAUUGCGGGAACUGGAGAGCAAGCUGAAAGCUGCGUACACUAGCAAGGAGCGGGCUGCCCAGCUUGCUGAAAGACAGCGACUGCUACAAGAAGAAAAGCGUUUGGAAGAUGAAACCUCUCGGAUUCUGCGUGAGGAAUAUGAGAUGGCUGAAGAGCGCGCCAGGCAGGCAGAGAAGGAGGGUUGGGAGGAAUCUGUGCGCUAUCAACAGGACUUGGAGAAACAGCUGGAUGAGCAGGAGCAAAAGCGCCAGGAGGCGUAUGAGGAGUUCUUGAAGGAGAAGUUGAUGAUUGAUGAGAUCGUACGCAAGAUCUACGAGGAAGACCAGAGGGAGCGGCAACGUGAUAUGGAGAAGAAGCAAGCAACGCAGCAGUAUGUGCGCGACUUCCUUGAGAAACGUGACGAGUGGCGUGAGAUGGAGAAGCAGCGCAUGGAAGAAGAGAACCGCAAAAUCUUGGAGUUUGCCAACCAGCAGCAGACGCGCGAGCGGGCGCGUCAAGACAGACAGCGUGAAAGAGAGGAGGCGAUGGCUAAGGUUCAGAUGGACAUUGCAAGUGGUGUGGCUCUCAAGCAACAAGAAGCGGAGGAGCUGGAAAGAAUUCGAUUGGAACUGGACUUGGAAGAGCAAGAAGAACGUGACCGGCACAAGGAGAGGAGUGACCUGGAGGCUCGUAUUCGUCAGCGUCUUGACCUGCAACGAGCUCACAGCAACCAGUUGGCCUGGAGGGACCAGCAGAAGCAGGCCAUGAGGGAAGAGGAGGACGAGUUCCGUCGACAGAUGAUGGCUAAAUUGGCUGAAGAUGAUCGUAUUGAGCAGAUGUCAGCGCAGAGGAGACGCAUGAGACAGCAGGAACAUACCAGAGCUGUGCAGAAGAUGAUCGAAGACAGACAAGAACAGCUUGCUCGUGACAAGGUUGCUGAGCAGGAGAGACUGCUUGCCGAACAAGAACACCAGGCUAACAUUCAGCGUAUAGUGGAGGAGGAGAGACAGAAACUGCUGCAGGAGCAUGCGUCCAAACUCCUUGGAUAUCUUCCGAAGGGCGUGCUGCGAGAUGAUGGCGAUGUAAAGCGCUUGGGAGAAGACUUUGAGCAGAUGUAUCAGGCAAGGAAGGCUGAUCUGUUCUCCGAAGACGGCUGGUGAUCGAGCGUGCAGCUGCCAAGGCGAGAGAACACCCCAUCUACCUGCACAGCGGUUACUAACCAACACCAGGAAGGCUACCAUACUAAUUACCAGCACUGGUAUUUCCCACAAGCAACCAAGACAGUACUACUAGUACUAUGAACACUUUGAACAGACUUGAUGAACAACAGUUGUGCCAGAAUCCCUUUUUCAAGUACACACGGUAGAUGUAGUAUGGUUAUAUGAAAAUCUUAAGCACAGUAGUUAGCAGUAAGUAGUAGUAUGUAGUAUCUUCUGCUGUUAUGUGACCAUCUACGAGUACAAGUGCAUAUCAACCUCAUCACAUGUAGCCUGUACAUAUUGCUGAGCAAGUAAUUGAGAAUGUAUGCGUGUGUGUGUGAGAGAGUGAGAGUGAGUGAGCCAAUGUGUAGCUGCUAAACUUGUUGCUGCAAGGCAAUCAAUCACUUGGAUUACAAAAACUAAAAAAAACCUAACCAUUGACAUAA